GCAUCUCGUCCGCACGACCGCACGCCCACGCCUUGACUGCCGGCGCCGCAAACCCUCUUCGUCGGCGGCGGGAUGGCGAAGGUCAGCGAGUCCGCGGCGGAGGCUGCGUCCACCGCCGCCGCCCCUCCUCUUACUUCCGCUUCCGCGCCGCCAUCGAGGCCGAAGGCGAAGCACCGGCUGGAGAUCGAGGGGUACCCCGUGGAGGGCCUCUCCAUCGGCGGCCAAGAGACCUGCGUCAUCUUCCCGACGCUGAGCCUCGCCUUCGACAUCGGCCGGUGCCCGCAGCGCGCCAUCUCGCAGGAGUUCCUCUUCAUCUCCCAUGGGCAUCUCGACCACAUCGGGGGCCUCCCCAUGUACGUGGCCACGCGGGGUCUCUUCAGGCUGCGCCCGGCCACCAUCUUCGUCCCGGCGUGCCUCCGGGACCUCGUGGAGCGGCUGUUCGAGGUGCACCGCGCCAUAGACCAGUCGGAGCUCAAGCAUAACUUGGUCCCCCUCGAGGUCGGGGAGGAGUACGAAUUGAGGAGGGACAUCAAGGUCAGGGCUUUCAGGACCUACCACGCCAUACCCAGCCAGGGGUAUGUCAUAUACUCGGUGAAGCAGAAGCUCAAGCAGGAGUUCAUUGGUCUCCCAGGGAGCGAGAUUAAGCGGUUGAAGUUAUCAGGUGUGGAGAUCACGAAUACGGUGUCCACCCCUGAGAUUGCUUUCACGGGAGAUACGACAUCAGAUUUCAUUCUUGAUCCAGACAAUGCAGAUGUGUUGGGGGCAAAAAUUCUUGUUGUCGAGAGUACUUUUCUAGACGACUCCAUUUCGGUUGAGCAUGCAAGAGAAUAUGGGCACACACACUUAUUUGAGAUAGCAAGCCAGUCUGACAAGCUUGGAAACAAAGCUAUUCUACUCAUUCACUUUUCUGCUCGUUACACUACAGAGGAAAUUGAUGCAGCAAUAAACAGAUUGCCACCGUCUUUCCGAAGCAGAGUUUAUGCGUUGAAGGAAGGCUUCUAAAGAAACAUGAACUGACAAAUCAGCAAUGAAGUUUUCCAAAUUGGAUUCCAUUGGUAUUUUCACUGGAAAUCUUUUUGCUAUGUGUGCUCUGAUGAUACUAUAGCAAUUUUCUGAAGAUUUCUGGGAAAUCUUCUGCUUUCAGUUGUCUAUACUUGUUUCACUCACAUGAUAUUGGAAUGUUGGAAUAGUAAAAUGUGGAACAACCCAUAUUAACAAUAUUUACUUUAUUUCUUUUUGUUCAGAAUCAUUUACCUUAUUUCUGAACAUGAACAAUUAUAGUACACGAAUACCAUGUGAAUUUUGGCCAA